AGUGGGUCCUAUAUGGUUUUCCUUGUUCUUAGGUUAAAGUUUCAACCAAUGAUUCAUUAGUUGAUCAAAAGAUUCAUGUUACUAGACAAAAACCAGAGGCUAUUGAUAAGGAGACACUUCAAACUAUGGAUCCAUCAAAGAUAAGAGGAUUUAGCCAACAUGUUGGACAGCUGAUCAUUGGACUAGGCAAUUCUUGCUUCAAAAAAGAAUGUCUUGGCCUUUUGCUCCAUGAGACAAAGAUACUGAUAACAUGCCUGUCUACAUCACCCAGGUAUUGUACAUAUAUCAAAGAUAAAUUAGGUCCAGAAGACAAAGCUACUCUGCAUUUUAUUGGACCUUAUGAUAUAUUAAAGGCAAGGGAGAGGAGCCAGCUGAUAAAAGCUUUUCUACGUUUAGGAAACCGACAAAGAUUAGGAAUACCAAAAGUAUAAUCUGCCUUUUGUGUUACUAGAAUCUGCUCACCCUAUCAAAGCUAAAGUGAAUACCAAAGUUGAUUCAUAGUAAUGAAUAUAGAGGUGUAAUACCACCAAAUCAUGGUACGUCACAUCUGGUUGCAUACGAAAGUAGGUCUUAAAAAAUAUUCCCUUGAAUUUGACCGUUGUAGGUAAUUAAUCCUACAUUUUAUUGCAGUAAAACUAUUUCUGUGUCAUAAACAUAUGUCUUGGGUAUUUCAAAACACCAUUAUUUUUAUUUGUGAUUUCUAUAGAAAAUUUUGUAAUCUUGAGGUUACAUGGUUACUAAACCUUGUACACAGAUAGAAUAAGAGGAGAAAUUUGAUUGGUUAACUUCCAAUGAUUUUUAUUUUCUUAUAUGCAAUGAAAUGUUAUGUGAAACUUUUUCUAUAGAACUGGACAGGAUAAAACUUUACUCAUGCCAAGUAUUUCUUUAUUUGAAACAAAGAUAAAUUCUGCACAAUUUUUUGAAAAGUGCAAAUUUAACAAAGACUAAUAGGGGAAAAUCAAUGAUGGUAUUACACCUAGAGGUGGAAUCUCUUAAAAUACAUUUAUUUUUUAGUACAAAAUCUUAGUGAAAUUGUUGCCACAACAUUUUGUAAUUCAAGAACAAAGCAACAAAAAGUUUAUUUAUACAGCAUCAGAGUUAUUUUCAGAGCUAGAUAUAAAGAUAUGUAUAUAUAUUAACAUUAUUGUGACAUAGGAAAUGUACUAGAAAAUGCAAGAAUGGUGAAAUUCA